AUGCACAAAGCAACGUACAGUGUUACCUUCGUUCGCCAUGGCGAAAGCGAAUGGAAUAAGAUGAACCUUUUCUGCGGAUGGCACGACGUGGGUCUCAGCGAGGAAGGUGAAUGGGACGCCCUGGAAGUGUCGGCAGCCGCACUGAAGCGAGAAAACAUGUGUUACGACGUCGCGUUCACUUCCUGCCUGCGCCGCGCCAACCAAACGCUGGACAUUAUCCUAAAGGAGCUAAAUCUGGGCGAUAUUCCGGUCCGGCAGCUGUGGCGCCUAAACGAACGACACUACGGUGCGCUGACCGGUUUCAACAAGCGGCAGAUGGCCGAUAUCUACGGCGAGGAGCAGGUGCAGGUGUGGCGCCGAAGCUUCAACGUGCCGCCACCGGCCAUCGAACCGACCAACCCGUAUUAUCACGCAAUCAAGAGCAAUCCCCGGUUGCGGCACAUCAACGAAAAAGAUUUCCCAUUGACCGAGACACUCGAAACAACCAUGGAGCGGGUCGUGCCGGAGUGGACCGACUCCAUCAUACCGGAGGUCCGCGCUGGCAAGCGUGUGCUGGUGGUGGCGCAUGGUACUAGCUUACGUGGUUUGGUAAAACACAUUCAAGAUAUUUCAGACGCAGAUAUCAUGAAGUUCAACCUGCCGAACAGUAUUCCGUUCAUCAUCGACUUUGACGAGUCGAUGAAGAUGGUUGGUGGCAUCCGGUUCCUGGCGAACGACGAAACGGUACUAAAGGCAAUGGAGAAGGUGGCCUCAAUCGGUGGAAAGUAG